AUCAAUUGUGAUACUCAUGCUUCCUCUAAUUUGCUUCCUCACAAUGCUGCCUCUGCUCAAGCGCAUACCUUCGUCCAUCAUUGUUUCAUUGGCUUGGCUUGGUCGCAUGCUAUUCUCGCUGCCUGGACGCGCUUCUGGCCAAUCCAGCUGGCUUGUCUGAUGCUAGCUUUUGCUGGGCUCUCUCGUGCAUCUCGAUGCCUUGGUCUGCCUUCUGCGUUUGCCUGGCUAUUCAGACGAACGCUUGCAUGGGCUUCCUCUCUUCCAUCUUCAUCCGGUUUCAGCUUAACUCAUUUAUCCUCGAAGUCAGCUUUAACGAGCGUAAUCAGCUCUUCCGUUUCUAAUACCACAACCAUGGGCGUUAGUAGCGACAUGAGCUGCAGGUCGUAUCAUCCUCCAUCAUUCAUCGAAGAGACCACUUCUGGCAAUUCUUCUAGCUUUGGUAUCUUGCCUGUUGUUGGAGGUGAGGACGCUGAGGAUGGGAACAACGAUGAGGGUGCCGAAACGAAUGUCUCUCCUAGAUCAACUGAUCUCCCUUCUGCUGUUCCUUUACUAUGUAUCCUCAUACCAACUCCAUCUACUGAGUUAGUUGCUACACCAAUCAAUUUUUAA